GCAAGCAAGCAAGCCAACUUUUUUUGCAGCGAGGGUGCAGCUUGGCAACAUACAACUCGUAUUUUUUGAUCUCUUGGUUGCUGCGGUGCCGCAGAUCAGCGGUUUCACCACUAAGUCUGCCCGCAUUGCAGCUGCAGCCACUGCUGCUGCUGACAGCCUCACGCCGUCGAGCGGACAACAUGGACAUCGAAGACCUCAAACCCCCGGACCUGACGAGGGGCCCGCGCUGCGACGACGAGGUCGUCCCCAAGCACAAGCGCACCGCGCGGUUUAAACCACGAACCGAAUGCAACGCACCGAGUUUCCUCCCCGAGACGAAGCGCGUCUACGUGCGCACGUUUGGGUGCGCCCACAACGCGUCCGACUCCGAGUACAUGGCCGGCGUCUUGGCGGCGGAAGGGUAUGAUGUGUCGGCCAACUCUAAUGACGCGGCGAGCGCGGACGCCUGGGUCAUCAACAGCUGCACGGUCAAGGACCCGUCGCAAGCAGCCUUCGUGAAGGAGGCGCGCCAGGCCAUGGCCGAGGGCAAGGGCGUCGUCGUGGCCGGCUGCGUGCCGCAGGGCGACCGCGGCCUCGUGAAGCGCAAGCCCGGGAAGGCGCCUCCUUUGUUGGAUGGCGUCUCGUCCAUCGGCGUCAAGCAGCUCGGGAGGGUCGGCGAGGCCGUCGCGGCUUCGUUACGAGGCGAGGUCUUCCACGCGCUGGGCCAGGGCCCCCUCCCUUCCCUGGAACUGCCGAAGCAGCGAAAAGAAGCUCUAGUAGAGAUCGUGCCCCUGUCGACGGGGUGUUUGGGCGCGUGCACGUACUGCAAGACGAGACACGCGCGGGGCAAGCUCGGCUCGUACGCGCCGGAGGCUAUAGAGAAGCGCAUCGCAAACGCGCUCGACGAGGGCGUCGCCGAGGUCUGGCUGAGCUCUGAGGACACGGGCGCCUACGGGAUUGAUCUACAAACGUCUUUAUCUGCUUUAUUGUUGCGAUUGAUCCCCGUACUUGAAAAAAGGCCCUUCGCAUCUUUGAGGGUCGGCAUGACGAACCCGCCCUACGUCCUGGACCAGCUGGACACGCUGGCGGAGGUCAUGGAGCACCCGCAGAUCUACGCGUUUUUGCACGUGCCCGUGCAGUCCGGUAGCAAUGAGGUACUCGGCGCCACGAGAAUGAACCGCGAGUACACGGUGCAAGAUUUUGAGAAAGUCGUGAACCGUCUACAGGAGAAAGUGGACGGUGGCGUGACCAUCAUGACCGACGUCAUCUGCGGUUUUCCGGGCGAGACGGAGGAGGACUUCGAAGAGACGUAUCAGCUCGUAGAAAGGCAUUCUUUUCACUUGAUGAACAUCUCGCAGUUUUAUAGUAGGCCGGGCACGCCCGCGGCGAAGAUGAAGCGCGUGCCGACGAAGGACGUGAAAGCGCGGUCGCGGCGUUUGACCCAGCUCGCGGCGACGUUCCGACCAUAUAGUGAAUUAGUUGGGGUGGUGGAGGCGUGCGCGUCGUGCGGGGAAGUGGCGGACGGCGGCAAGCGGCUCGUCGCCCACACGAAGCGCUACGUCAAGGUGCUCGUGCCCUUCGACGAGCGGUUAGUGGGGGCGCGCUUCGACGUGAGGAUCACCGCGGCGCACCGGUGGCACGUCGACGGCGCGGUGGUCCGCGUGACGCUCGCCGCCGACGCGGCGAACCGGCCCGCGCUGCGCGACGCGCUCGCGGCGCUGCGGCGGCGCGGCGUGGACGUGUCCGCGGAGCCCAUGGUGGUGUCGCGGCGGGCGGCGGCGCUCGCGGUGUUGCCGCUUGCUGUUGGGAUGGUGCUGUACUACCUGUCCCUAUUGCUUGCGUAA